CCGCCACGCGUUGUAGCGGGGACCACCGGAUCGCUUGCCGCCGUGGUCGUCGUCGAUGAUGUCGUCGUCUUCUUCAUCUUCUUCUCCUCUUAUUCCGCUCCGCUCCGAACGAACCCUAUAAAAGGGGGGUAGCUCAAGCUCGCACCCAGUCAAUUCACGUCAAAAAGCUUCGGAGGACUCUCUCUCUCUCUCUACGCGAAGUAGUUGGCCUCCGAUUGCUCAGCAGUCAUGUCUCCGAGCCAGCUCAAUUCUGCUGGGGAGGAGAGUGUAUCUACCUCACAAUUGGAGAACGGGUUUAUUGAUCCAGUUUCAUUGGCAAAUUCUGAGAAAGCAGUUCAAGAGCUUCUUCAACAAACUCCAGUUCAUGGGACUGAUGACCAUCUCAUUGAAUUUUCAGAGGCUCUAAGAACUGUUGCAAAGGCAUUAAGGCGAGCUGCUGAAGGAAAGGCUUCUGCUCAAGCUGAGGCUGCGGAAUGGAAACGUAGAUACGAACUUGAGAGGGCAAGAAAUAUGCAGCAGGAGAAAAAAGAAAAAUCAUCUGGAGGCCAUAAUGGUGAUUUUUACAGUGGGAGUGCUGAAAACUUGGAAAAUGGAUAUGCAACCAAUGCACAACCUGAAAGAUGCUGUGGAAAGCAUGGUAUCUGCUCUCAUGAGGUCCUCUUUGAUGGGGAAGCUGGUUCUCAAACUGGAAGAAUUCAAAACAAAAUGAUGAGAAAGGCAUCAUUUAAACUAUCAUGGUGUUGCAAAGGUGACCAAAGUGAUCAGCACAAACAUGACAUUGUGUCCUUUGAAAAGGGAAAUAUAACCACAGCCAGCCGGAGUAGCAAACAGAUUUCUCUGAAAUGGGAGUCUCCUCCGCAGACCGUGCUUAUUUUGACAAAACCUAAUUCUACUUCUGUUCGAGUUCUUUGCGCAGAGAUGGUUAGAUGGUUAAAGGAACAGAAGAAUUUGAACAUCUAUGUGGAACCACGAGUUAAAGGAGAGCUUCUGGCUGAGUCUUGCUUCUUCAAGUUUGUAGAGACCUGGCAAGAUGAUCUAGAGAUUUCAAAUUUGCACACAGAGGUGGACCUCGUGGUAACUCUCGGUGGAGAUGGUACUGUUCUUUGGGCAGCAUCGAUGUUUAAGGGACCCGUUCCGCCUAUUGUCCCAUUUUCUAUGGGGUCGUUGGGCUUUAUGACACCUUUCUAUAGUGAACAUUACAGAGAGUACAUAGAUUCAAUAAUGAAGGGUCCUAUCAGCAUCACUUUAAGGCACCGACUGCAGUGCCAGGUCAUCAGAGACUCAGCUAAGAACGAGUACGAAGCUGAGGAGCCCAUUCUCGUAUUAAAUGAAGUUACGAUAGAUCGUGGGAUCUCAUCAUUCCUCACAAACUUGGAGUGCUAUUGCGACAACUCCUUUGUCACAUGCGUGCAAGGGGACGGAUUAAUUCUAUCGACUACAUCUGGGAGCACUGCUUAUUCUCUAGCAGCUGGAGGAUCGAUGGUCCACCCACAGGUUCCUGGAAUACUAUUCACGCCGAUCUGCCCACAUUCCCUCUCCUUCCGGCCUCUGAUAAUGCCCGAGCACGUGACCAUUCGGGUCCAGGUGCCCUUCAACAGCAGGAGCCCUGCGUGGGCCUCCUUUGACGGAAAGGACCGGAAGCAGCUGGCGGCGGGAGACGCGCUGGUCUGCAGCAUGGCCCCGUGGCCCGUCCCCACUGCCUGCCUUGUGGAUUCAACCAGCGAUUUCCUGCGGAGCAUCCACGAUGGGCUUCACUGGAACCUGAGGAAGACCCAGUCGUUUGAUGGCCCCCGAGACCAUUAACUUGGUGAUGGAAUGUAAUUGUCCUUCUCCUGAUGUUGUUCUCCUAGAGAUUAAGGUAUAUAAAUGUACGUUUACACCAAGCCCGAAUCCAGUAAUUUAAGCCGACAAAGCCCUUGAUUGCUAGAGAAUGGGAAAAUUUGUCUCUAGAUUUACUUAUCUUUGAAGGAUGUCAUUUCUUUUCUUUAACAUAUUGUAAUUGCUGAAAUAUCAUUCGAUAGCAAAAUUGCGCUUCGAGAAGAGUUCGAU